AUAGUGCACGAAUAAAUACUGGGAGCUGUCGCGCAGCCUGGAAAGGAGUGAUGUCGGACCGAGAAAGCACUGAGGACCAGUCUCAGGGGCAAGGGGUCCAAGAACUGGCCACAAAGACUCUCAGUGUACAGACAAAGAGAUACUACAUCGAUGUCAAGCAAAACAGGAGAGGAAAAUUUAUUAAAAUUGCUGAGGUGGGGGCAAGUGGAGGAAAGAGCCGGCUAACAUUGGCCAUGUCUGCUGCAGCAGCAUUACGUGAUCACAUGACAGAAUUUAGUGAACAUUAUGCCCAACUUGGUCCACCCAACCCUGACAACCCACCAGAGGAUGGCAGACUUAAGAGUGAAGUCAUCAUCAAUGAAAACAAACGUUAUUACCUUGAUCUUAAAGAAAAUAACAGGGGUAGAUUUCUAAAGGUUUCACAAACUGUCAACAGAGCGCGACGUACUCAGAUAGCCCUCCCUGCACAAGGAUUGGUAGAAUUUAAAAAUGCCCUAACAGAGCUCCUAGAUGAAUUUGGAACUGAAAAUGGCACAGCUGAUGUUCAACCUGAGUUACCAGAGAAUCGCUUCAUCAGAGUAGAAAAUAAAAACUUCUAUUUUGAUAUUGGCAACAACUAUAGAGGCAUCUUCAUGCGUGUUAGUGAAGUACAGCCACGUAACCAGUACCGUACAUCCAUCACUAUUCCGGAGCGGUCAUGGGCACGCUUCCGUGACAUCUUCAGUGACUAUGUGGAUAAGAUGAAGGAGUUACGAACAGCUCCAGUGGAAGAGGAGGAAGAAGAAGAUCAAGAUCGUGAGCAAAGAGAGGGUGAUGGUGAAGGGGACAGAGAUGAGGAGUAAACAGUUACUCAAGAUCUUUGUAUUCAGCCGUCGCAAGUACGUACACCUCAGUAAACAUGGGGUGUCUACAGGGCUGCGCAGUACAGUUCAUGGAUCUGAUGGGGUAAGUGCUGUCUCCAACUCUGAGGCAGUGAGAUGUAUACCUUGAGUUAUUGGGAAGAUAACUUGUUGGAAGCCAUUGAAAGAGAGGAAUCAAAGGCAUAGGGGUUAGGAAUGUAUUGGAUUGUAAAGUCUAGAUCACCAGUUGAAUUAAUUGACUACAUUGGGCUCUAUUCUAGAUAAAAGGAGUAAGGAAGGUACAUAUUAAAACUAUCAGAAUUAUACAUCCAGUUCAGUAAUGCAUCAAAUACCCGGCGAGAAUGCAUUUUAAAUGUUAUACAAGAUUUGAUCAGAAAUACAUGUAAUAAGGAACAAGGUAAGAUAGCGUUAAGAUGUCUCAUGAAAUAGGGGAAGGGUUGAGGGGAGGUAGGGUCUGACAAAGGCUUAUGACCUAGACAGGUACUGAAGUAAUUGUUUACUUAAAUUGUGAGUGACUUGUGUCAUUUUGUAUCAGUAAGAACACAAGCGGCAAGAAAAUUUGGUAAGCAUUUUGAUGUGUUCAUGGUAUUGUGUAUAACAUUUAAGGGUGUCCAAGCAUUGUCAUUAAAGGGUAGCAUUACUGAGAUGAAAAUGGACAUGGGAGAAGCAUUCUAGGUGCCAUAGUCGGGUCAUUGGGAGUGCUUCAUUGACUGGUUGACAUGUAUGAGUGACUGGUAGUUACCUUGUCAAACUGAUUGCACUGUACUUUGUCUUUGUAUACACCCUGCUGACACAAUCAGCCAAAGUGAAUACCAAAUUGUACAAAACAUGGAUUCAAACUGUAAAUUCUGAAUAUAGUUUGAUUAAAUACUUUUUGUACGAACUUUCAAGUAUAUGGAUGUGAGAUAUUCUGUGGUUACUGGUGCUUUGUCUAUCUCCAGUUCAAAUAUAACUAUUUUGUUGUCAGCAGUUGCUUUAUUUCAAAACCAGUUACUUUUCUGAAAAUGGUAGCUUCCCUUUGUAUGAAUUGGAACAUCACAGAAAUCUCUGUCCAGCUGUGUCUUUGAAAUUCACAAACAUGGACAGGAAAUCGUGGUAUACACGUACAUGUAUUUUCACUGGAUAAACUUCCAUCUGACAGAUGUGAAAAGCACCACCCUCCACGGUGCAAUCCAAUUUUAAGGUGGGGUGUUAAAAAAUCAACCAUUCAGGGUGGAACUUUGUUCUUGAAGAGGCUAGGCAAUUUCUCAAUUGCAAAGGGCCCUUUUAUUAAAAUAUCAACUUGUCUAAUUGGAAAUUUCAAUGGGCAUUGAGGCAAAGACCAGGGGCAUCUGGGCAAUCAGCUGUGAAGCCUCCUUGCAGUGCGUACCCUGUCAUAUGCAGAUUGACUGUUCAGGGGAAAACCAAUCAAAUAGUGAAGCGAUGAAGAUUUGACAUGCCUUCAAAAGUAUUGACAUGAACAGGCUACACAUUAACAACCCUGAGAAGGACAUACAUCAUGAAUCCCAUGUAGAGAUCCAGUUUUAUCCGUGAGUUUCAUAUUUUGGAUGCCAUCGGACACAUUGAAGAACUGCACCGUACGUGGUAAUGCAUAUCUCUCUUUUGAUUGGUGUCAUGAUUGACUGUAGAGCAUUUCAAAAACAUAUCUGCCACACCCAGUCUCUGGUUCUAAAUUGCCACUCUUGGUAAAUUAAUUGUUCAAAGAAAAGGACACAUUAAACAUGCCAGGGUUCUUACAUAACCAGACUGCAAAAGUGUGAGGUGCACUAAGCAUAAAAUAAGGCUUCUAAAUUUAACAACAGGUCUAUUAAAGAUACAGCUGGAUAGAAUUUUAGUCAUGGUCAAGAUAUUUUGACUGUGACCCUUUAACCAUCACUGGAAUGUUCAGUCAGAUGUCUUGAUGAGUUGAAUCCAGAGUUUUAGUUUGUUCCUUAACCUUCCAGCUUUAUUUCUUACAUUAAGCUUUUGGGAUGAAGUUGAAUUGACAGAUACACGUAUGGCCACUUGGUUCACUGUUAUCAAUGUGUGCUGCUUUCACAUUUAAACCCCUCUUUGCUAUAAUUUGCAAGCCCAGAAUACUCGCCUUCUAAAUGGUCCAGGACCCAAAGUAUGAACCUUUUAAGGAAAUGAAUAAGUUCAUUUGUCAUAGAGUGUCCAUCCUAAGUCUUCUUUUGUUUUAAUUUGAACUUGUACAUUUCCAGUUUGAGCCUUCAUUGCAGAAAUUCUAUCCUGGUAAAAGAAAUCCCCCAGCUACUGUACCAUAUAUAUGCAGUAGUUACAGGAUUCCUUUGUACAUGUAUGUAUUCAUGUGGUUUCAAAACUAACAUAACAUACAUGUCCAAUGUCUUAUGCAGCUGUAGACUUUGUCAUUCACUGUAAGUUGCCCGCUCUUAACUGUUCCCUGAAUAGAAUUCUGACAGUUAUCAAUGACUCACCGACCGUUUUUGGUCAAAUCAUUUUUAAUGUUCAAAAAAUGAUCAAAAGCUUUUUCUAAACCCAGUGUUCAAGGAUUUAUUGUCAAAACACUCAACAUCUAUGCUGCUUGGUUUGAAUUUUAUUGUUGCAAAGGCUGUCUUGGCUUCAAGUUGAUCUCACCGACAUGCUGAAAUAAUCGGAUUACAUUUUGUAAAACAAACCUCAACUUGUUUGAAAUAAAUCUUUAAAUCAAGAUUCUGUUUUCAUGACAUCUUUCUCAAAGUACUUGUACAUUCAGUAGGAGAUGAAUUUAUCUGAACUGUGUAACAUUGCAAUAGAUAAGUGCUAAUAUGGAGUAAAAUUCCUAUGUUUUCUGUGCUCAUAAGUUUUUGAAGUCAUAAAUUGUUUCUUUGCAGUGGUCUUGGUAUUUUCUGUAAUGGGAGAUGGAUAUCCCGUAGUCCCCCAUACAUGUACUUAUAUGAAGCUGUUUGGGAUACAAACAUCACUCAUGAAAUUUAAAGCAGCAUUGGCCUUACAUACUUCCUAGAUUCCUUUGGAAAAGAAACAAAAACUGGACUUUAUUUUCAAAUUAAAACAAUAAGAAAGCAGUUAGGUUGGACACUAGUGGAUAGUUGGAGUAUUUCUCGAUAUUAAUGAUGCUACAAAGUGUGAGGUUAAGCAGCCAUGUAUAAUUUAAACUUACAAAAAAGAAAAAUGCAGUAAAGUGUUUGGGGUUGGGGCAAUGGCUGGAAGGAUAUAUUGCAUGGUUCCUAUGUAGUCAAAUAACACACCUUCAACUUUCCAUUGAGAAAAACAAAGACUUUAACCUGUACUUUUUAGAAAUAAUUCAUGUGUUUGUAGCAGAAUGGUAAAAUUCUGUGCCAGUCUCAGUGGCUGUAAGGAAAUGUACAAUGUAAAAGGAAAGAAAACUGAAUUUGAUGAGGAAUACUUACCAAGGCUAUGUAUUCAACAAGUCUUAUUGGCCCAGCCCCCAUUUGCUAUACUAGGAAGAGAUGUUGGUAAAAUGUGUAUUGAUUGGCUAGAUGUACAAGUAACAGGACUAAUUAUUAGCAAUCUCAAGAUGGAAUACAUGUACUGUAUGUUAUACUGGAAUGGGUUGUCCAUGACAACAUGAAUGAAUUACCUUGCUAGUCAUGUCAACAAGACUUACUGACUGGCUGGCUGAGGCUGUGUCUUAAUUGUUGUCUUGAGCUAGGUCUUUGCUCCAUUGGAAAAGCAUGUAUUUUGGACAAUAACGGCCAUAGCUCUGGAAACCCUAUUUGGACAUGGCCUGAGAUAUGUUAAUGAUCUGACCUGCUACUUUGUAGUAUACAGUAUAUGCACUGGUUGUUGUAAGUUUUCAUUCCUUGACAUUGUUUCUUGUGUAUAUAACCAACUUCGCUGGCUUUAUAUAUCUGGCUAGAAGCUGUGUUUGGCCCAUAGUAAAUUAAUUAUGAUAUUUGAAAGGUGUAGUAAGGAGAUUGAAAAAUCACCUGUCCACAGAGUGCAUGUAUUCAACCAAGCUCCUGGUCUUCUUUAUGUUUGAUAGUGCUGGAAAUGGAAACUUUGUCAACUAAAGCCUCCUAAUUGCAAGUCUUGUCAACAGGUUAAGCAUAAACACAUUGAAAGUACUGUAUUCCACCCUUCACAUGGCUUCAUUGUAGUUGUAUAUUUCCCAGAUGAUAUAAAAUUUGAUGGAGGAAAAUGCCCUUUAUAAAAGGUCCAAGUGACAUUUUGAGAUCUGCAUUUAGAAUCUGGUAAUCAAUACUUACCUUUAGGCACUUUGAAAAAUUUGUAGUAGUUGAAUAAGCUUACUCCAAAGUGUACUUUGGAAUAUGUCCACAAUUACCAUAAUUUCCACAGAAAAACAAUCUGAAACUACCAUAAUUCUUCAUGGAGGAAAUAAAGAAAAGCAGGCCAAAGAGUUUGUUGGGCCAGAACUUUGUGGGCAGGUAAAUGUUAACCACAUGAAUGUAGAUUUUUGAGAGUGUUACCUUGCAAAUAGAAGCUUGUGAACUGGUGCGUAGGUGUUUGAAGAGAGUCAGAGUAUUAAUAACCACACAGGCAGCACUCUUGGUUGGGACAGGUUGUUAUGCUAGCAGGGAGACAUCCCUGUUUAUAAUGUCCGAGUGUUUUUCACUGGUAUCAUAUAUUGUCUAGCAGCUUUAGGAAUUACACAUGCAUAUUCCCCAGAAGGUUCAACUGGUAAAUUAAUGGAGCUUGGACAUGUUUCCCCUACUCUUUUUACAUUUAACAAGCUUAAAUGCAGGCUACUACCCCUUUUGAUCCAUAUAUAUGACCUGAAGUUGGAUUUCUUGUUCCCUCUUGGAUAAAUAGUUUUGGCAGUCUGUGAUUCAUAAAUAAUUAGUAGCUGAAUUGUAAUUAGCAGACUUUUGUGUAUGCCAAGUUCCCAUAGAACGAGACUUGGGACCUUUUCUUCAUGUUACGUACAUGUACACAUAUCUACAGAUUCAUCCAAUGAGUGUUUGCCUUGUGGUGGUUAAAACUCUUGUAGCAGCAUGUCAUUUGACCUUUAAGCAUACCUUAAUGAUGAUAACAAAUAUUCCAUUUGAUAAGAUGAGAACUAGAGUGCUGAAUAUCAUCUCAACAUCUGAUGUAGUUGAUCAAUAUUUCUUUUGUGUUCCACCUGUUUUCUGCAAAAGAUAAAUUUUAACCUCAUUGUGAAUUAUGUGAUUAAUUCACAGAAUUGUUUCCAUUCAGUGAUUAUAUUUUGACCUGUUUCCCUGUUGGUAUGAUAGUUAACAGUCUUGCCCAAACCCAAACCCAAAGAUGUCUUCAUCAAUUUGUUAGAAGAGUUUUAGUGGCUAAAACAGUACAAUUGAAUAUCCUGUGCUUCCAAACAGUUUGGAAUUGAAAAGGGAGAACAAGUACAUUUUUAUGCUGAUAUAUGGAAAAUUAAAUCCUAUAUGCGCUCACUACAGACACAGUUGAGAAAUUAAAAUUGUCCAAAGUCCAGAGAGACUAAAAGGUACAGAUUUGUUUUGGAUUUUGUUUAUGUAUGUAUUUUGUAGACAGGUUUCAUUGUUUACAUUGAUUUGAACAGUAAUGUAUGGUAAUUCUAUGGUAGAGAUACAUAUAUUUUCUGUCUUCUGGAUUCCAAGAGUGCUUUUUGGUUCCUGCAGCCAAUUAUCAAUGCACCAUAGACACCAUUCAAAUGGAUACUCUACUGUUGGUGCAAUAAAUACAUUAAGCUGAAUAGCAUUUUAUCGUUUGGUUGACUUUUUCCCGUAAGUUUAAAUGUGAAAGUCCGUUUGCUGAGCUUUUAUGCAAAAUGGGAGCAAUUCACAAUGGUACAUGCAGUACUUGUGGAAACAUGUUUUUGAUUGUGAAUACCAAUCCUACACCUUGAACUGGUAGAGUUUCAAUCUGGCCACAUUUUGCUCGUCACUUUUCUUGCACUUUUUUAUUUGCCCCACACAGUUUUCUGAGUUUGCAGUGGAAGACUGGUAUAAGUGCUUUCUCUGAAUUCUACAUACCUAAAACACUUGGACACUUCGAAAGUGCAUGUUACUGGCAGUUAUACAAACAUCUAUAUGAUUGUAUUUAACACAUUAUAUAGUUUAUUUUUAUGAAAAUUUUGAGACUUUGAAGACUUUGAAUGUUUGGUUUUUGUUCUCUGGCAUUUUUGAAAUUGUUCUGUCUGAUUUCACUCAUCUUCAUAUUUCCAAAGUUAAAGAUUUUGGUCCUAAAGUUUACCUUUAUUGGGUGGUUAAAUACACCAACAGAAUGAAAGCAGCACUCUGGUACUUACUCUUAUCUUGGUAAUUAAUCUACAUUAAAUAGCAGAGUAGCAGGUAGGUAAAGUAAUACUUACACAUUGACAGUUUCACUAACUACUCCUUUUUUCCAUUGUUUUUAUGGUGGUUAGUCUUGUAGGGUAUUCGUUUAACUUGUGAUGUACAUGUACUUGCAGUAUCGUGCAUUUUAAAGCAGAUUUUUUAUGUUGGCAUGAGUGAUAUUUACUUCAUUCGGUUGAGCAUAUAAAAUUUGCUUUAAGUUGUAAGACGGUGUACUCCAUUCAAUUGGAGUGAUAGUUCAGAUGUCUCUAAUUGUAUGUGAAAGACUGUAUGGUUGGUUACAUAUGAAAGAAAGGUUUUGAUGAGUUUAUGCUGAAAAGUAGUAUAACCACUGCCAAUGGAAAAGUUACCAAGUUGUAUGCAAAUGUCGCCCAUAAAAAAGAAGUAAGUUUACACAAAUAGAGACUUCUGCGAUGGUCGGUUGUGGCAUACUUGCAGGUUCUUUUUCGUUAUUUGCAUCGCAUGUGACCUUACUCACAAUCAAACUAAUAUGUCAAUCAUUAGGGACUACUGAGCAUCUGAAAUUCGGCUAUUAUCCAUUCAGAAAAAGUUGAUUUGUCACUUAGUGAAAUAUCAUCUUCUUCCGGUGUUCUAGCAAGAGACACUGUUCUGUGAUGAAUCAUAGAAGAUGAUGGCAAGUGGCAUAACCCUAACAGUCCUCAGUCCUCCAACAGGUGAAGGAUUGAGGACUGUUAGGGUUACUGAACUGCCAAUAAUUUAGCUCGACACCCUGAUGGUACUCUCUGUUAAGCUAAAUGUACCAUUUGCAAAGUUCUGGUAAAUAUUUAGGAGAGCAUUGACUAGGUGUACCUGCAAUGAAUUGCAGUCGCUCUUCUCCAUGGGUGGCAAUUGAUUUGUUUGAAGAUGGCAUCUGAAAUGACAAAGCUGCCAUAUGAGCUCAAGUGAAAUGCAUUGAUUAAGAUGCUGAGCAACUUUAACCUGAAGCAGACCUUCAUACGUGCAUCCAUGUUUGCAAUCAUUAAGCAGCUUGCCUAGAUUUAACAUGUUACUACAUCAUUGUGCAAAACAAAACAACCCGUAAACUUUUCAGAACCUGUCCAGAAAUAUUUAAUAUAUGAUGAAAUUAUAAAUAAUUUACUUUAUUUGUAAAUUUAUCUCUACCAAAUGUCAGAGGUUUUUAAAAUAACCAGGUUAAACCAAACUAACGUUAGUUUUAGUCCAUAUGUGUAUAAACGUUCAGUGUGGGACGUGUUAUUUUGAAUAAGAUUUUUAUUGAUAUUUUGUGGUUCCAUUUGAAAAGUCAUGAUUCAAAAGUAAUGUGUGACAAUAUGCAUCAUAUUAACUUCUAGUUAACCCAACGUAGAAGUCAUCAAUCCUUCAGAAGUUGAAGGAUUGGGGACUGACAGGGUCAAUGGAAACAUUGUCAUGUCUGACUGAAAAGGGAUUUUGAAAUCUGUAAAUAAACAUUGAAAUGAAAUUGGGGGUGUGAUAUUUUUCUAUCUGGUAUUUUAAUUGAAUGGCAUAUUUUGAUUGGCUACUAAUAAAAGACUGUCAGAACCUAAUUGCCAAAAGUGCAGUUAGAUUGAAUUGUGACUUUUCCAUUGGGAUUAACCUUAUUGGUCAGGACAUUUACUUUGGUUGAAGUAGUUUGAAUUUGAAAUUUUGUUUGUAAAAUUUUACACACAUUACACAUUGUUCGUUCAAGAAAAUAUUAAAAGCAAACCAGUUUCACAAAUUGAAUGAUUCCCAUUGUUGUGGAACAGAAUUUGGUCAAUAUUGGGAAUUGGGUCAAUACACACUUUUUCCUGAUAUAUGUUUGUAAUUUAUAUUUUUCUACAUGUGUUUCAAUUUCGGAAGCCUGUCUAGAAUGUAGCCAAUGUCUUGGAGUACAUGCAAUAUGCCAAUUUUUGUGUGUGACAUUUCACUUCCAGGGUCAAAUGCAAUUACUUGGCUACAGCUUCAGUAAAAUUGCCAUGGAUCCUUAAUUUGUGAAACUGGUUUCCUGCUUGAAAUGUUCAAUCGUCAAAUAUUAUGGUUUAGUUACAACUCUGAAAGUUCUAUUUUACUGUGUUUUAGUGUAAAAUAUUGAUAGUAUCUACAGUCAAUGUGCCUACUUAUUAUCAAAGCUAAUUUAUUAAAGUCAUAAUAGGAAAAGCUUA